CUGAAGACUAACACUUUGAUUAAGCAGUCUUCAUGACGGUACAAUUGGGAUAAGGAUUUCAUGGCUUCUACUCUUAUCAUCCCUCCAAGCUUCUGCUUUGGGUUCUCUGCUAGACUUUCACUUCUAUCAACUCCUUUUUCAGUGUCACAGAUUUCCACCUUCCAAUCACCCAAAAAAGCCCUUCAAGUGAAGCUCAAGCACUUUCCCAGAGCAUCUUCUGAAGGGCUUCCUAAUGAGCUGAUUGAAGAUUCCAAGUUUGUUCCUUUGAAUGCUGAUGAUGCUGCAUAUGGUCCACCUGCUUUAUUGUUGUUGGGCUUUGAAGUAGAGGAAGCAAUCAAGAUACGGCAACUUCUGAAGGAUUUGGAUGGUGAAUUUCUAGAGAUUAUAUUUUGUACUGAAGACAUGAUUACUCUCUCACUUUGGGAAGCACUGAAUACAAAACAACCCAAUUUGGAAGCUGGGAAGAUUGCAAAAUCACUGCCCCGAAUUUGCUUCUUCUCUGGUCUUACUGGGGAGGAAAUGUUGAUAUUCAUUGAUGCAUUCCCAGAAACUGGAUUGGAACCUGCUGUAUUUGCUGCUCUUGUUCCUUACAGCGCUGAUAAACCGUUACAGGAGUUAAUCGAAGAGAUCAUGGGGGACCAUGAAAUGCUGUCUGCAAGACAAUUGGACUAGAAGUUCAAAGACAGAUUAGACAUUUGAAGAAUCAAAGAAUUCAAUGUCUCUUGUGAACGAUGAUCUAAACCAUGUUCAUUUUAGGCGUCAAUUGUUUCACAUAUUUUCAGAAAGGGUACAGGAAUUCUGUUUUUGGGGCAGUGGUGAUAUAGUACCUUCAAUCAACAUCUGGUUCAUUCAUUGUGCAAAGCUCAUUUGCGUUAGGGUAUAUUUGGAUGGUAGAGUUUGACUGGAUGGACGAUAUAAAAAAAUGUCAUUUUCUAUCCAACCCAAACCUACUUAUCAUUGAACGGGUUAGGAUUUAAUUGUUAUAUUUUAUUUUUUCCGGGGUUUGGAUAACACAUAAACACUUAUGUGGAUCCAUGGAGAAGGUGAUGAAAAUUAA